CCGCCCGCCCCCGGCAGCAGCAGCAGCGGCAGCGGCAGCCUCAGCACCUCCGCCAGCUCCGCCAGCAGCUCCAGCGGCAGCACCAUGGACCUCUCCUUCAUGGCCGCGCAGCUUCCUGUUAUGGGAGGAGCCUUUAUGGACUCACCCAACGAGGACUUUAGUACAGAGUACUCCCUGUUUAACUCAUCAGCCAACGUCCAUGCAGCUUCUUCCAUGCAGAAUCCGCCAGAAGACACAUCCCGUUCUUCAAAUGAUGCCAUAUUGUUAUGGAUUGCAAUAAUAGCAACAAUUGGAAAUAUUGUGGUUGUGGGAGUGGUGUAUGCCUUCACCUUCUAGGAUGACUGUCACUACAAACACUGGAAGAAAAGAAGUCUUCAACAGUAUUUGUCAUGUCCACAGUACAACAAAAAGCAGAGGAGCUGCAUAAAUGAUCUACCUUGUUUGUUUUUGCAUCCCUCCUUAUUCUUGCUGAGCAGAAAGGAAGCUGUUGGAAAGCUGCAGAGAAGUUUCCAAUGAAGAAUUGAACAGGACAAGGUCUGGUUUGUAAACACGUAGGAUCUGUGAAAAUGUUGCUUAAUGUAAUGUACUGUCCCCAACCAUUUUCUGAUAUUCUGUUGCCUUUGUAAUUGUAUCAGUUUCUCAUGGACUUGUCUCCAUUGUUCCUGCAGGCUGUCUAGUUAGGUCAGAUCACCAUGACUAAAAGCAGUUUGACACGAUGGUACUUGCCCAGUGGGAUUAUUCUGCUGCCUAAUGAAUUUGCCAGUGGAGUGCUUUGCUUAAAUUUCCUAGAAUAUUAAUCUUAGUGCAAUUAGCAAUGUUUGCAUCUCUCUCCCAGAGCACUGGACUAAACUCUUCAACCACGAAGAAAAGCAUUAGAGUGGGAACAGCAAAAAAACCCACUAUUCUUCUAGUGAAACCAAGUGACACUUUUGUGUUGCUUUUCCCAAAGAAAAUGCCCUACUUUCAUGUGAAACUGAUAGUAAUAGUAGGAGCGUUGGAAAACAAUGAGUUCCACCUCCUGCAUCCAGAUCAUCAUCAUACAUAUUUUCAUUGUUAGAGGCUGUGUUGUCAAGAAGGGCCAGACAAAACUUUAAUUUAAGUAAUUGGCUUGACAGGGUGACAUGGCAAGCUGGGUGCAAGCAGCAAGUGCAGGCAUUUCCUGCCUCACAGUUAAACUGCACAAUAACUGUACAGCUUCUCUGUUGGGAGAAGAAGUCAGUUCUAGGAUGCAGAUACAAGGAUACUGCACAUGAGUGUCGGUGUGGAAUAUUGUCAGGUGUAUUGAAGAUCCCUAAAUUGCAGUGGCCAGAGCUGGUUCAAGCUCUGCUCUACUUAGAUAGUGACAAUAUGCACACUGUAUUUCUGGAUGUUGUGUUCUGGCUUCCUCCACUACAACCUCUUCUCUCUUCUGGGAGGUUAGUGAAGGUUUAAAGUGAACCAUUGAAAAAAGGGACUAAUUCAUCAUUAAGUUCAGAGAAGGUGCAGAGGGGAAUGGGGCAGUGGCUGAGUGGGGGAUGUUUCACAGGUAUGGUCCUGUGAAAUAUGUUGCCUCUUGAACUUGGCACAGCUUCACUUGGAGCACUGUAGUUUCUCUGUUCCUUGGAGCCAGGCAGCUGGAUAAUUGAUGUCACUCACUGAGGAGUGAUGAGGAAGCCAAGCCCAAACAUGUUCCCCAGAGCUGUUUUCUGAAGUCUUUCUUUAAAAGAACAGGGUUCUGUUCUUUGCUGAGCACUUUGUGUAUGAGUCUGAGAAAAGGAUUCCACUUGAUCUGUGCUUCAAUUAAAAAUGUCUAGCACAGAUAGCAGUUAGAAAAUCCUGACUGCAGUUCAUUCUGUGGGAGAUGAAGCAAACCACUUUCUAUAUGCUCUACCUAUAGAGGUGUUUUACCUCCAACUCUGUUGUGCAACCUCAUUAUACAAACACAAGAAGCAACUUUGCCCUGCAAAGUUAUCAAUGAGCCAAGAGAGACCAACUAGGGUGCCCUAAUAAUUCCUUUUUAGCCAUGGCCUCGAGGGAUCUAUGGCAACAUACCAAAUCAUCAAACUCCCUCUAAAGAUUUUUUUUUUUAUCAAAGCAGCCAACUGCUCAACACAGCAGCUGUGCAGCCACCACAGCAAAGAGACUAAAGGCUGAACAAUUAUUCAGGUGGGUGCAAUGUCACAUUAGAAAGAAGAACUGAGUGGGAAAACCCACUAGAGCUAUUCCUGUCAUAUUUUUAUCUGCAAGUAGGAGUCUGUGUUUGCCCACAGCAUUAACAACCUGUAUUUCUGUGUCAACACACUUGCAAAGCUGAAAAACUGAUUUUGAAAUGGAUGCAACAAUAGUAGCAGGGAGACUCAUCUGCUACAAAUAAUGUAUUUAGCCUUUUCAGUGGGCAGAUAAGAUUAUAGAUAUCUCAGAAGUAAUGAGAUCCCUGCUCCAAAAUCCUCAUUUGCAAUAGGACUUGAGAGCAGUCAGCAUCCCACCCAGCUGCUGAGCAGACUGUAAUAAUCAGCCCCAAAUCAAGAGUGAAUAGAAGCAUCCAGCCAUUAUUGUUUUGCCAUGUACACCCAUUUGAAAAUUAAAAAAAAAAUACACCUUUGUGUCUGGGACCAAAUGAAAACAGGAGCCUCUAGUCUGUGGGUUGUUAUGUAUUUUGUCUAUUAUUAAAAGCUUUUAUUUUGCUAUACUCAAGCAAUUCCAGUUGUUAAUAUCCUUUUCACAUUUCUCUGCAGGCUGUUGAGCGUUAUUAAUUUCAUGUAGCACUGUCCAUUUAUCCAAGGUAAUUUGACUGAGUUUCCUGUAGCUAAUCACAGAGUAGAAUCUGGAAAUUUGCUCUUUCUAAGGGUGAUUUCCAUUUGAGGUAAAUGGACUAAAGAUCAGAAUCCCAGAUCAAAAUACAUCUGUGCCUUUGGAACAUUUGGAGCUCUGGAGAAUUGGAUUUCAUGUGAUUAAUGCUCAGGAAGGAAGGGGCAGUGAGGUCCCUGGUGAUAAUGUCAGUCAUGAGGGUUCUGACAGGCAGAGCUGAGUGGUUCAUUAGCUGCUGCUGUGUCCUCUGAGCCCUGCUGGCUCCCUGGACACACAGCAAGGGCUGAGUGGGAGCUAAACCACCAGGUACAGCACGUCCCUCCUCCCCUCACAGCCUGCUAAUCCUCAGGGAAACAAGCACAUUGGUUCUAUUCACAGAAGAGCCAGAGAUCAAUAUUCUGUUAGCUGUCUUGUUCCUGGUACAUUGUCAGUCACCAUAAGGCCAAGAUAGGGGUGGUUUAACAUGCAUUUAGCCCUUUACCCCUUGUCUGAGAACAUCCUAAAGCAGUCAAGGCAUUCUGAGCCUUAAAGUCUCCUACUGCCCUUAAUCUGACACUAACUUUUUGUGUUUCCUCAUACAACCCAUCUUUGCCUUUUACCUCAUCUUUUCAGCCCAAAACAGGGAAAAUGAAGUCACCACUAUGCUCUUCUCUGGACAUGUAGGGAACUCCUCACAGCUAUGGACCAGCCAUAUCCCAUUUUAGUUUGUGGUUCUUCGGGCACAAAGUGUCCAAUUACCUACAUAAGUAGUUCCAGGUAAAUACUUGCCUUUGUAGAAGACAAAUGCAUUACAAUUUUGUCUCAUUCUGGCCUGUCCCAGGGCAUAUACACUGAAAUAACAUGGCCAGAGCUACUUUUGCUGGUUUGGAAAUUGCACCAACACAGCCAUGAACUGGAAAAGAAAACCCUGAUAAGACAAACAUGUCACAAUCAUCUCAAGCACAUGUCUCUGAAGGCAGUUUUUCCUGAGUGACAUAGGCAGACUUGAGCUGUUGGUAGCAAGGCAAGUGCGCUUUUGUGUGAGCACAAAUAAUCUCCCCCUCUUUGGCAAUUCUUGGGAGCAUUGUGCCACCCAUUCUAUCUUUCCCAGGCUACUAUUUUCAGCUGUAGAAAAUACUCUAAAAUGUUCCUGUGUUGGUAGAAUACAUAUAGGAUUUACCUCCCAAAGCUCCACUUAGGCUUCUUGCAAGAGCAAAACCAGCCCUAUUUUCUUAAGCAUGGAAUGUUAAUGAGUCAAUGCAUCUGUACAGUAGCAUUGUCUCAUUUUAAUCUUCAGUCUUCUGCCAGUAGGUCUCAAAGGAGAUCUUACUAUUAUCCAGACUUUAAAGAUGCUGAGAAAAGAAACAAGCAAGAGAGUCACAGGAUGUCUCCAACGUCACUGCCCAAUUCUUUAGGGUCUAUCAUUCCUCAUUCCUCCCCAUAUUAUCCUUGAACUCAUGUCCAUCUCUUUAAACUCAUUGUCACCAUCACAUAGUCUCUAUGCCUUCAUUUUAUUUCUCCCCUUAUCUUUGUUGUAUUCUUUUCAUUCCUUGGUACCAGAGCAUGUGAGCAUUUGGAAGCCAGCAGUGUUCUUCAGCCCUUUCUAGCCAGCUCCUUGGCUGACCUCUGAGAGUAAGGUUAGUGAGCAGAAAGGACAUUGCACAGUGAGGGCAAAGAACAGUAACACAAGACCUCUUCCCGGGAGAAAAUCUUAAUCAUUGUCUUCCUUAGCAAUCCACAAAGUGUUUCCCCUAAGCAGAAGAACAAGAUGUGACCAUGAAGCUUGGUAAUUCUGUUGUCAGUAUCCAUACAAUGCAAAGUUACCUUUCAAAAAUUCAGACUUUAUAGACACACUGCACUGUUCUGCAGCCAGCACUUACUGAGCUUUUCCCAACCCAAAGACCUUUAUUUUUUUAGCAGAUCAGAAUCAGUGGUAAUGCUCUUGGGGUAAGGUGAGGGCAGUGGGAGUGGGCCCUAAGGGGAACAGAAAAGCUCCAUGUGAUUUACUGUGGGGUCAGGGCCAUUAAAGAGCAGCCUAUUCAGUGAAGAAAAACAGCCACAAUGUACUAAGCUGUUUCAAAUCUAAUCACACCUGCAGGUCUCAGACACACAGCCAAACUGCUACAGCCAGAUUGAGCAUUUAGAAAUCCCAUUGUACCAAAGGAAAGCACAUUCUCCUGCCAGAACUGAGGGAGCUAUGCAGCCUUGUGUUCUGGGAGCUUCCUGAGCUGCAGGCAUUAUGGAUAUCGCAUUUCCUGAGGAGUUCACUCCCACCAAUGAACAAAUAAGAUUGAACUGUUUCAAGUCUAGGCCUAAAACCUGUCUCAGCUGCUGCCUUCAUAAGGAUGAUUGAAGUUCCUGAGCCUGCACAUUGCUCCAUCCAGAGGGACCUUUGCCUCCACCUGGAGUCAACUGCAUUAAUAACACUUCUUGUGUGCUUCUGACAUCUGCUUCACCGGAUCAGUUUGCAGGACUAGCUGUGGGUUGCUGGGGUUUUAUUUUAAAUGUAAAGAUGUCUGUAAUUUCCUAAUCAAAAGCAAGAAAGGAAGCAGAAUGCUGUAUUUUUUUAAAUAGAAGGUAAUAAAAUCGAGUCUGAAUAUUUUGAUAGAUAUGCUGGAAGGGUAUAUAAUGUAGCAAAUGGUUGCACUAUUUUUUCCUAGUAUGAGUACCCAACCUGAGAAAUAUUUGUUCUUUCUCUAACUAAGUCCUCUUCCAGUUCUGAAGUUUGGAAGUUUAGAAGGAGUGGAGUACAAAGUCUCAGUGAAAUGUGAAGCUUAUGUAAAUAAAUCUGGUAGUUAGCUUUGUGAGGUAGCCUAUUAUGUUUCUUUUUCAGUUAUCUCAAAUACUGCCUAAUUAUUUGGGGCUUUUUUCUGCCAAAAAAAGCUAAAUAGCGACACUUCUGAAAGCAUCUGUGCUUCACACAAAAUCACAGUCAAAUGGAAAUUCUAUUCUUCAGUUGAUGUAAAGCAGCUUUACAGGAGCCCUUUAGUAUGCACUGUUACUUUUUCUUAAUAAUCCUGAACAAUUUAAUUCUCUUGUGCUUUCUCUCUGCUACCCUGUUUUGUACACUAUCAGGUUUGCAGGGAUUCUCUGUAUUGUUUUUGUAAUACAUGGGUUGGUUUCUAGAAAAACCUUUACUGUUGUAAUCAUUGUUCUUGGAUCGUGAAGCUCUAUCUGUAAAGGCAAAAACAACUUUUAAAAUGCCCUCUGCUUUCUCCAAGUUUACUGUAAUUAGCAAGUUUAGUUAAGAGAAAUGUAUUCUUUUAUGCUCCUGUUAUGUUCUUUUCCAGUUAUUGACUGCUUUCACUGUAUGUGUACUUAGUACUGGUUCAUUCCUUUACUAUGGUGAAAAUGACAAGUUUUGUUAAUAUCAGAUGGAAAUUGUGGUUUUGGAUAAAGUUCUUCAGAUUGA